AUGUGUUAUUUGUUCAACUGCGGAGAGCUGAACGACUUCAAGUGCACAUUUGCGGUUCAUGACAACUUCAUUGCCAUGGGAAUGACAGUGGAGAAAUCACUGCUGAAGCGAUAUCUGUCAGAGGAGCAGGUGAAACACGAUAUGGAGCUUAAAUCUUUGGAAGCCCCCAGUCGUCUAUUCUCUCCCGGUUCCAACCCGAAAGCACCUUUUUCCCAUCAUAACCGCUUCAAUGGAUCGGCAGCGAGACCUUCAAAAGCAGUUGGCGAUGGUUCUUCGUCUUUGGUGCUGCAGCCGACGAUGAACUUGCGACCUUCUGACUGCGGCGAAUAUCAGUGGCCUUGUGAGAAGGUUUCCGAGUGCGUAGCGACUUAUGACCGCUGUGACGGUAUUCCUCAGUGUUCGGAUGGCAGUGACGAAUGGAACUGCGACUCAGAUGUUUCGGACACUGGUUUAAACGCCAAGCCAUUGGUUCGAAAUCAUCUUCCUCCAGACGGUGUCAAGGCACGCAUUUACGUAGAAAACAACAAAGGCGCCGAUUUUCAGACAAAAGAUCAUUGGCUGAACGACGGCGAAUCGAUUAGCCAGAGCUUGCAGACCACUGGUCAUGGUUUAUCAGUUGUCACAGCACAGAUGCCCCUGAUACCCGUCACUCAUCGACCUGUGCACAUGCAGAUCAUUGCAACGCUUAUGGGCGUCGUUGUGGCGCUGACUUCCGUCCUUCUCAUCUAUGUCGGUUGCCGUAUGCGACAAGGUAGACGACGACUGCGAAAGGGCAGGCUCCUUAACGCGGACGAGGGUGAAUAUCUGAUUCAUGGAAUGUUGAUCUAA